CUAAGGGUCGACCUCAACGAGCCGGUCGUCGCGCUCAAGCGACUGAUUGCUCAGCGCGAGGGCGUGCGCGUCAAGGGCCAGCGCCUCAUCUUCUUUGGGACGCCGCUCGAGAACGGCCGCACCCUCUCCGACUACAAUAUCGUCGCGACCGACUCGGUGGACCUGCUUCUGCGCAACCUAGGGGGG